UCACGUGGCUCCGCCGUCGUCCCCCGAGAGCAGCCGCUUCCUUCCCUCCCGGCGUUUCUCCGCCGCCCCGACCCGACGGAGGGAGGAAAUGCGGUUACUGCCACCCUCGGCUUGUUGUUAAGCCCGGGCAGGGAAGUGCGGAGAGGGGCCGCCAGUGGGUGCGUGGGUGGCUAUCCGGCUAUCCGCGCCGAGCGCCUUGGCACUGAGAUCGCUUUGGCCGAAGCGGGCUGUCUGUCGAUCCCGGGAUUAAAGCGGCGGCGGCGCCGGGGGGCCGCCCUUCGGUGGGACGGCGAGGAUGAGUAAAAUCCAGAAGUUUUUCAAGGGCGGGGGGGUUCCCAAGGGGAAAAACAAAGGGGGCCCCUCCCCCCAGGAGGCUUUAGCCCGGCUGCGGGAAACGGAGGAGAUGCUGACGAAGAAGCAGGAGUAUCUGGAGGCGAGGAUAGGGAAGGAGCUGGCCCUGGCCAAGAGGCACGGCACCAGGGACAAGCGAGCUGCACUACAAGCACUGAAAAGGAAAAAGAGAUAUGAGAAACAGUUGAGCCAAAUUGAUGGGACACUUUCCACCAUUGAAUUCCAGCGUGAAGCUCUUGAAAAUUCCUAUACUAACACAGAGGUGUUCAAGAAUAUGGGUUAUGCUGCUCAGGCUAUGAAGAAAGUGCAUGAAAAUAUGGACUUGGACAAAAUUGAUGAUAUGAUGCAAGACAUAACUGAACAACAAGAUAUUGCACAGGAAAUUACAGAAGCUCUUACAAGAAAAAUUGGUGAUGAUUUUGACGAGGAUGAGCUUCUGGCGGAAUUAGAGGAAUUGGAGCAAGAAGAACUGAAUAAUAAAAUGAGCAAUGUGCGAUUACCAAACGUACCAGCUACUCCACUGCCUUCCCAUCCUGCAUCAUCGAAGAAGAGGGUGGAAGAUGAUGAUGAUAUGAAGCAGCUGGCAGCAUGGGCUUCUUAACACCUUUUCAGAGGUUUACAGUGGAUGUAAUGAAAGGAACUCAUGAACAGUUUUUUUAUACACAGAACUUGUUUGUGUUUGACAGAAACCAAAACUGGCCCUUGGUGGGGUUUGUGGGGGUACAUUUAUAAAAAGUUGGCAAUACUCAAGACUUCUUUUUCACAGUGCUCUGUCUCCUUCAGAUGUACCCUUCUCUGACUUUCUUUUUUUUAUACAUAUACUGAAGAAACCAGAUGAUGUUUCUACAUUACAAAUGGAAAUUGACUGGCUAGUCUCUUUCUGUACAGCUUUUACAUGUGAUAUUGAAGCUGUAUGUGUAAUAGGCAUGGCUGUAUAUGAACUAAAGCAAGUUCAGUUCCAUAAAAGGAGAAUAAGGCUGUGAACCACUUCAUGCAUUUCUCCCAGGCCCUUGUUUUUACCUUUAGAAAACUAUAUUGGCUUUUAUUGAGAACAUGCAGGCUGCAAAAACAGUUUGCUGCAAAGGGGAGUGCAGCCAUGAGUCUGAUACUGUGAGAUAGAAAAGGUAAAGAUGAAUUGUCCUUUUGUGGGUUUUUAGAACAGGUUUUGAAUGAAUGAAAAAUAUGUGAUUGCUCCAAUCCCACUUGAAGAUGAUGACAAGCUGGCACUUUUGACGUUCUUUGAUUUAAACAGGGUUUCCCUUUCACACACAGUAUGGAGUGAGUAAGAAUAGUAUCUCACCUUAAAGACCAAGGUUGCAAGCCUGUUGCUUAGAAUAAUUAAUUGCACUAAAGUAGGCCCAUUGAAUCCUCCAUUAAUUCAAAUGGGGCUCCUCUAGUUGUGACUUACUGUGCCAAAAUUGCAGUUUAUGGAGGUUUUUACUCACCUAAUCCCCACUGAUCCAGAGGCCCACUGUCACAUUUUAUGCGACAUACAAUGCUAACCAACAGGAUUUCAGCUUUAAAAUGCAACCCUAUGCUGCCCAAUUACUGUCUGGAAGGGGUUUGGAUUAUGGAGGAAUGUCCCUUCAUUUGCAUGGACAAGAUCUGAUAAAAAAAAUUGCAGAAGACUGUCACAAAACACUCUAUUAACAUGGAUCUACUGCCAGUGGUUCCAAAGCUACCUCUCCCCACUGCUGCAACACCUGUUCCUUGAGAUGUUCCAGGGUGGGUUGGUAGUAGCCCUAGAUUUUUCAGAUCCAAAGUCAUCUUGUUCCCAUGAAAGGAUCCAUAACUGGAAUAAUCAACUAGUUAAUUUUAUCUGUCAGUGGAAAUAAAUUUUAAAAAGAAAGGGACUGUCCUUAGGGAAACCUACCUUCUCUCUGAUACUGCCCUGGUCUGUGUAAUCUGUCAGGACUUGGAGAUGGUGGAUCAUCCACUGAUUAAUAAUACACAUGCUUUGUCAGGAAAGAGCCCACUUUAUCAGUGCCUAUAUGUCACGAAUCACCGUAGAAUCUAAAAUACUCAGUAUGAUUUCCUUUGCUUGGCAGUUGUUAGUGCUAAAAGUCACCGCCAACUCUUACAUGAAUUUGAUUAAUUUAUUGUUAAUGAAGAUGACAGGUGCAGGAGGAUAAGUGUAACUGAUUUAAUCAAACCCUUUAAAAAUAAAGAGCCUUCAAGAUUGUGUGUAUGCCUGUGUGUAGGAGAAACACAUCCCCCAGAAGCUGUUGAGUUCCCAUCAUCCCCAGGCGACAUGACCAAUGUUUGGGCAUGAUGGAGAGUUCACACAGGGUUUCCACCCCUGUUUUAGAACAUGAAAGUUGCAAUCCAAGAAUUCAAGAACUUCAAGCACUUUCUGCAGAAUGAGAAUCACUGAGAACAACAUAUUCCAUUCUACCUUCACUUAGCUUUUGUUUGUUUGUUUAUUUUGAAUAGCUGAUUUUUUUCAUGUUGACGCUUUUUUGGAGAACUAUUGUCAAACAGUUAAUCUUAAUAGCUCUUCAGAAAUGUUCUUGUUCUGUUUAUUUAAUUUCCUUCUCUUUUUCCUUGUCUUAAUGAAGCACUUUUCUGUUCAAAUGUUU